GUGAGGCAACAAGGAAUGAAUAAAUUAUGUGUUCUACACAAAGCCUCGACUGGAAAAAGAAGGGCAGCCACGUGUGAACGCACUUCUCCAAGACCGGCCAUACAGGAGUCUGUUGUCCAGUGGUUUGAGUGGGAUGAUAGCCUGUCUUGUCAGGAGUUUUGGAUUCCCAGCUCACCCCAACGAGGUUCUGAUUCUCAUCCUUCCAGUUCAAGAGCAGCAAUGGAUCAUCUCUCCUCCCUCACAUCCUCAUCCUCCUGCCCACACUUGUAUCAUUUACUCGCUUUCCCCACCAACACCUCCCUUGCAAACAUCUCCGGGAUCAGCCACGUGAUCCUGCGGCAUUACAACCACACGGGUCGUCUGAAGAACAGGACCGUCUCAAGCUCUCAGAACCACAUCAGCGCCUCCGUGGUCUUCUUCCUCUUUGUCAGCAUUCUCAUCAUCCUGGAGAAUUCCCUGGUGCUGGUGGCUGUUGUUUCCCACAUUCGCUGCAGUCGGCGUUGGGUUUACGUGUGCAUCGCCAACAUCACCCUCAGUGACAUCCUGACUGGUGCAGCCUACCUGCUCAACAUCUGCAUGUCUGGUAGUCAGACUUUCCAGUUGACGCCUGUGCUUUGGCUUUUCCGUGAGGGCAUGCUGUUUGUUGCCCUAGCUGCAUCCGUUUUUAGUUUAUUGCUAAUUGCCGUGGAGCGUUACAUGACAAUAAUUAAGGCACUGCCUCAGAAGUCAACCAGAAGCAGCUAUCAUAGGAUUUAUGGCCUGGUGGCUCUCUGCUGGGUUUUAGCGCUGGUGAUUGGUUUCCUUCCCCUGUUAGGCUGGAACUGUGUAUGCAGCCUGGAUGAAUGCUCCACCCUCCUCCCUCUCUACUCCAAGACCUACAUCUUGUUCUCGCUGAUCAUCUUCAUCCUCAUUCUUUUGGCUAUAGGUGCCAUCUACGGUGCCAUCUACAGCCACGUGCAUAAGAGUGCACAACCGGGCCUCCAGCGGUGUCGCAAACGCUCCCUCGCUUUGCUGAAAACAGUCAUUACCAUCGUGGGGGUCUUCAUGCUCUGCUGGGGGCCGCUGUUCCUGCUGCUGCUGGUGGACUUCUUCUGCAAAUCCCGCCAGUGCACACCGCUCUUCAACGCAGAUUUCUUCAUCUCCUUGGCUGUCCUCAACUCAGGCCUCAACCCUAUCAUACACACACUAGGCAGCAGUGAGAUGAGGAGAGCCAUGACGCAGCUCCUGUGUCGCUGCUGCCCGAAAGCCAUCUUGUGUCGCCCUGACGCACUGGCCUCCAAGGAAACCAGCAGCACAUCAGAGAGCAGGCAGGACAGCCUGAGGAACAGUUUUAACAAGGUCAGGAACACGAGUGUCACCUCCCCGCCCCCAAACCCCAAAAAGGGCCACAAAGUGUCAAAGAAAUGUAGGUUGAGUUCUACUACCAGCUGCCUUUCAGUUUCGAGUGGUUAGACCACAAUGUGUACCCCUCCUAUACAAACAGGACCUGAGAAGGGUGCUACACAGAACUGUUUCCUCAGACUUGAUUUGCCUUCAGGUAAACAUUAACUAAAACAAGGAAGAAAAAAACCCCACCAAUUAGGUACAUUUUACACAAGUAAAAAUGUAUAUUAGAGGAGGAAAUUACAUUUUUUUACACAUUUUUUUUACAUGUUGUACUGUCUUGUAA